GGUGUUAGCUGACGUUUAUUGCAAUUGUUUUCAUUUCUUAUAUUUUGGUCAUAUUCCUCCUUAAGGCGCAUUUGAGAAAUAAACUCCACAAAUUUUGGCCAAAAAAUGGGAGGCAAAACAAAGCAGACACAACGUACUAAAAAUAAUGCAAAGCCCUCGAGCAGUGCACGUAGUGCAGAAUUGCUGGGUUCAGCACCCACAUUUGUGGGCUUUUCCGCACAUUCCGAUUUUGGUAUUAUACCAUUUGCUCCCGGUUUUUCAACAGUUGAACAAAUGCCUGAUACGUUCGAUGCCAGCAUAAGUCCACAAUAUCAGUUGACCAUGAAGAAACUUUCUAAAAAAGAUCCGAUGACUAAGAAAAAAGCCUUACAAGAAUUAAUCGAUUUGAUUAAUAACUCGGAAAUGGAUGAACUAAAAAUGAUUUUACCUUUAUGGCCCAAAUUCUAUCAAAAUCUGGCCACCGAUCCGGAGCACAAUGUACGCGAAUUAGCCCAGACAGUGCUGCAGCUAUUGGUGUCUAAAUGUAAAAAGGCAGUGGCACCGUAUUUGAAACAGCUAGUGCCUGUCUGGUUGGCCAGUCAAUAUGAUAAUUACGCACCGGCGGCUAGUAUAGCCAGUGCUUCCUUCAGCGGAACUUUUGCCAACAAUGCCAAUCGCACUCGUGAGGUUUGUCUGCAUUGUCAAAGCGAGAUAUUGGAAUAUGCCAUGCGUAACUUGACCUUUCACACGGCUUCCACACUAUCAACGGGAAAGAACCUAAAACCCGAAGAAGCCGAACAGAAAUAUCAACGUGUUGUUGUGGGCAGUUUGAAGGAACUUUCCUUUUUUGUUGAACACACUUUGGAGGCCGAGGAUCAAACCCAAUUGCAGGAGGGCCUAAAGAAGUUGUUGGACCAUCAAAAGUUUUGGAGUUUUUGCAAAAAUAAACUCAAUGCCAUCAAAGCUGCUUGGUUUGAACUGAUGUAUCAUUUACUGCAAAAUCCUAACCAACAAGAAAUUUUUGUUACACAAAAAUCUCAAAUGAUAACAAUAGCUUUUCAAAAUAUUGAUGAAUCCGAUCCCCUGGUGGCACCUCAUAUAUGGGGUUGUAUACUGCUCAUACAAACGAAUUACAAGGAUUGGCAUCAAACAAUUGAUUUUCAUAAAAAUGUCUGGCCCAAAUUUACUUAUUUACAACGUAAUGCCUUCAAUCGUAAUGCUCAAGCCAUUUGUCCCAACAUUCUGCCAUUUUUCUCACAAUUAUCACAUGUAACAAACGAUAUCGGAGAAUAUCAAAGUUUAGUAAAGCAAUUUUUCGACAAUAUUAGAGAUGUUAUAAUUAUGGAAAACUCCACACUCAACAUAUCGAAACAGGACAAUAAAAUGAUAAUAAAAACAUACUUUGAAUGUGUGCGUUAUUUAAUACAGAAAAUCCACAAUAAAAAAGAAAACACCCAGGAGGAGGAGAAAGCUAUGGUAUUGAAAUUAUUAGAGGAAAAUAUGGUGGAGCCGAUAAAAUGGUGCCUCACAAGUGCGGAAAGCUUAACAACAAAAUAUUUCUUCCAACACACCUCCACUUUAGUGGCCUUCUUUGACAAACAAGCUGCCAUAUCGUCAUUGUAUCAACAGUUAUUGGACAGAUUUUGGUUUUUGUUAUUCACUUUUAUACCCGAAGAGCUCAAGAAACCCGAUGUUAGUGAAUUGUAUUUAGAGCGUGUUAUAGAACUGAUAAAUGAUUUGUAUGUAGCAAAUCCCCAUUUAGAAGAACAUAAAGUUAAAUUCUUAGAAGAUGUAGAUAAGAACUUAGAGAAAACUGAACGUCCUGCUACACCUAAGGAACCACAUACCACGGCAGCUUUUAUACAAAAAGAGCUGAAACAAUUGGUUUUACAAUUGUUGCGCAUUUGUUUCAAUAAAACUACAGCUUUGAAAACUUCCAAAUAUAUUAAACAUGUACGUUUGUUGUGUAACAUGUUUAGUGACAGGGAAUUUUUCGCUAAAGUAAGUGAAGAUGGCAAACUGGAGACUACCUUAAAGACACUGGUUGAUUUGUUAAAGUCGUCGAUCUUGGAUAAUGAAGCCUGUGAAACUGUGGUGGAUGUAGUGUUUGAAAUUUUGCUAAAUUUGGAAAAACAACAACGAUUUGAAUUCAUCGAAAGGGAAUUGAUGAAGAUUCCGCAUCACGUAACCCAAACCUUGGUACUGCAACGUCUACUCUCACAUCCCUUGUGCAUAGAACCCGAAGUGCGUAGCAUAUUGUCACAAAGCGAAACCACCGAAAUCAUCAGUAAAAUUGCCCGCGAUGUUGUCGCCAACAAUUCCAAGGAUCUGUUUAACCUAUUGCACAAGUGUUUCUUUGAAACCGAUAGCGGUGAAAUUUUAAUUUCAUCCAAAACCGUCGACUCAAUACUCAACAUACUAUCGGAGCCAUUGGUGCAGGCGCAGCAAGAUAAUGAGAAUACCAAUACAGAUGUAGAUGCCUGCGGCAGUUUUAUAGCACAAAUAAUGCCAGUCGUGUGUUCAAAUGAAAACUCAACGCGUGCGGUACAACAUAAAGUAUUUCUAAGGCUGUUUAAAUUUAGUAUAGAAAAAUCCGUCAAUGAUUAUAUAUCAGAGGAUACGUUGUGGGAAAUAACCACCUGCUGGCAGGAUGCUUUAUCCAGUGAAGAUAUUAUCAUAGAUGAGGAGUUGUUGCAAAAAUGUACUGAAAUAGUAGAGCAACAGGCGGCCAAUGAAAACAUAACAAUCACAGCUAUAGAUUCUAUGGCAGAAGCAAUGGCUAAAUUUGUUACUUGCUCUACUGAGAAUACAGAAGAAGAAAAAGAACGUUCUUUGAAGAUUGAUGAAGUUUUGAAGACUUUAUUGAAAAAUAAUGCAAAUGACAUACAAGAUCUCUUUAAUGUUUGUGUUUUUAUAGAGUCGUUAAAGGGAGCCGCAACUCCCUCUAGUGAUUUUACACAAAACAUAAAAAAUAUCAGCGAUUUGAAAUUAGUAUUACAAAAAUCGUUACUAAAUUUCUCUACUCUAUGCAAGUUGGUGUGCAAAUCAUCUAAGGCUCAAGCUUUAUUAGACAAUGCUGAGGUCAAUGAAGAUGAAAUCACCGAUGACUAUUGUGAUCCUAAUGAAAAUUUAUUGAAAAUAUGGUCGGAGUUCUUGCAAACCCAGCUGUUGCAAUACAUUAACAUAGCAGCUUGUGGUGAUGCCUUAGUUACUUACACCGAUAAAUUGGAUAAAAGACUAGAAGCUUUAUGUUUGGAACUCUCCGAAAAGGUACAAUUGCUGUUGCGCCAAUCCGGAGAACUAAGUGUUACCCUCAAAGAAAGACUGCUAGAGGCAGCAGCUAAAGAAGAAGCCAUCAUCUAUUGUCGUGCUCUACCCUAUCUAGUGAAUAUUGAGCAAUAUGCUCAAUUUGAGGAGAGUGGCAUGCUACUUUUGGCCGAAGAUUUGCAAGAAUACUUUGUGGCCCAAAAAGCUUACAAGGCCUACAUAAAUACUCUGCAAUAUUUAUUGCCUAAAUUGGAAGACAAAACUAUCAGCAGCCAAUGUCCCAUAAUGCGUUGUGAACCUUCUGAUAUGUGGAUAAGAGCGGCCGUUUUUCGUACUUUAAUUGAGAAUAAUUUCUCUUCAGCAUAUAAUGAGAAAUCUGAUCAUAAUAUUGUUACCUCCACAGUGCAGUUUAUAACACAACAUGCGGAUAAGUUGCAUACACAAAAGGAUUUGCUGUUAUAUCAAACAGAGAUACCAACACAAGGCAUAGUUAAUGUUUUAAAUGCUGUGGAAUAUAUGAACUUAUUAACCGAAGUUUUGCGUAAAGUACCCCAUCAAUUGUCUAUUAAAAAUUGGGAUGUUAUACGCAUUGGUUUGGGCCAUUGGAUAUUAAGUUUGACCAAGUCUUUGGAUUAUGCUUUAGAGAAGCAAGAUGAAAAGACUUUAUACUUUACCCUACACGUCUUUAAACUAUUUGCCGCUUUAACCUCAUUCUUUGCUGAAGAAAAACAAAAAAGUUCAACAGAACUAAUCAAAAAUGUCUACGAUGAAUGGAUACAAGUGUUUUCACGCGAUGUAUAUCUAACAUUGUUCAAAUCAUUUUAUCGUAUUUGUCAAUACCAAGAUAUUUCAUCCAACUUUUCUGACAGCUGGGAAAUAUUUUUAAAUGAACUAACCAAAACUAUGGAUCAUAUGGAUUAUGGUGUUGUUUAUGCGUUUUGUAAAAACUCUAGCCAAAUUACCCUGGAUCAUGUGUGUAAUUUCCUGUUGAAAAACUUAUCCAGUCCGGUGCAUUCUUUACGUACUUUAAGUAUCUUUAUGAUGCGCCAACUAACACCCCACUUUGUGGCCGAUGAUAUUGAGGUGUACGACAAGAAAUCGGAGCAAAUUGAUAAAGAUGAGCAUAAGAUUGUUAAAUGGCAUUUCUUGAAUCGUUUCGAAGACUAUAUAGGACGUUAUGAUAUGGCAAUACAGAAAUAUAUUAAAGAAUUUAGUUUCAAAUUAACGGAAAUAGCAGAUAUGGAAAGUAUAGAAAGACAUGAAGCUUUUAGCUAUUUAAUGUUGUGGGAUUGUAUUAUCUAUGCUUGUGCCAAAUCACCAGUAGCUUUACGUUCUGUAUACACCUCCUGGUUGCAUGAAAAUAAAUAUGAAGAGAAUUUACUACAAUUUUUAUUCCGCUCAAUGCCGGCUGAAAUUUUGAAAAAUCACAGUUCCAAACAAUUAAACAACGAAAUUUUCAAAGGUCUCUCUUGGACACAAAUACAAGAUCCUAACUUAACAUUGGAAAAGUAUGUCUGUCAUUUGUAUACCGUUGUGUUGAGUAAACUACCGGCUGUUGUUCGCAAAUGGUGGAAUACUAGUCCCUCGAGGCAAAAGACCUUUGUCGACACUUUAACCACAAACUUUGUUUCUCCGAUUAUAUGCCAGGAGGAACUAAUGGCCAUUGCUAGUAAAAAGGAUAAACAUGAAAAUAUGCAGGUAACUGUACACAUAUCGACCCGUGAAGUUUUAGCGGUAUAUUCAAUUGAUGAGGCUCGCAUGGAAUUGGUCAUAACAUUGGCCUCCAAUUAUCCCUUGGGAUCAGUAAAAGUGGAUUGUAAUAAACAAAUUGGAGGACGUUCAUCAUCACGUAACGUGGCCAUGCAAUUGACCAUAUUCCUAACACAUCAGAAUGGCACCAUAUUUGAUGGUCUGGCUUUGUGGAAAAAUAAUCUGGAUAAGAAAUUCGAAGGCGUUGAAGAAUGUUACGUUUGUUAUACGGUUAUUCAUCAAGACACCUGUCAAUUACCCAAAUUAACCUGUAAAACUUGUAAAAAGAAAUUCCAUGGUCCCUGUUUGUAUAAAUGGUUUACCACCAGCUCAAAAUCUACUUGCCCUAUUUGCCGUAAUGUUUUCUAAAUUUGUGUAAUUUUUUUGAAAUACGUAAAUGUGUGCAACACACAUCAUGGAGCAAUAUAUUAUUCAUGGCUGUUUUGGUUGAGUCAAAUAUGUAUGUAUGUCUAUGGAAACGUUUAAAUUAAAAUAUUUAUAUUUUAAAUGUAAUUUUAAAAGUAAUUAAUAAAACAAAUAAACAAUGAUUAAGAAUAAAGUAAA